AUGAAAAAAACCCGCUGAAAUGUUUACCUGAUCGCUACUCUGUGUUUCCUUCGCCGCGAAUCAGGCGAUGUUAAUUAAAGUACCUCUUUAUAAGAGAAAAUGGAAUCGAGAUAUUGUGGCGUGAAAUGACAUACGCACAGCUGGAGAGGCCUGAACCCAAAGCUGGGACUGUUUCCCUGUCACACCUUUUACAAAAAUGUCCCGAGAAUGGACGAGCGAGCAGAUGUGGCUCGACAGCUCUCUGCGUUUCGCUGAUAAACGACCAUCUCCAGAGCACGGAAAAGGGGAAAACAAAGAGCUGCACAGUCCGACCAAAAGAAGAAAGCUGUCCGAUAACCAUGACCAGUUUCAGUGCCUAAAUGACAGUUAUGUAUCACGUAGCGCAGCUGAGGAGGCUGUGAACCCCUUUUCCUCACAGACCGAGGACACGAAGUUUUACUGUAGUACUGUCGAGCUGAACACGGUAACAGGUAACGGUGGGGUGACCGUGGACGGUGGAGCUGUGAUGGAAGAAUGGAGAGAGCAGAGUUUGGAGCAGCCGAGUGUAGUUAUCAGAUUUAUUACUCAACCUCUGUACAACAGAGGGCAGCAUGACGCCAUUGAAUCAGAAGGAAGGCUAUUUGACUCCACUGCUGGCACCUCAGAAACAACUGGGGUCUUGGACAGAACAUCUGAAUUGAAGACCACAGCAUGGAGACCUUUCUAUGAGGAAGACAAGGGGCCUGCAAAGUUAGAUUUCAGACCACAGAGAACCCCAGGUGUGUACUUGCAAACCAAGACUUACACACCUCUUGAGCUUUUCAAAGUGUUCUUCAGUCUCAGUCUUGUGAAAAACAUUGUGGAGAACACCAAUCAAAAAGACAAUCUAAGCAGAGGGCAGCGAUUUGACAAGCCUUUGAAUGUGAGAGAAUUUUACAGGUUUGUUGGGCUUCUGCUCUAUAUGUGGUAUGUGAAGGCCCCAACCAUUUCAGAUUACUGGAGCAAACACCAGCUGUACAGGUUCAAGCUUCCUUCAGACGUGAUGACAAAGAUUCGUUUUGAGGCAAUACAGCAGCGCCUGCACAUUUCAGACCCUAAAAAGGCCAAGACCAAUAAAAGCAGAAUGGGUAAAAGAGGACAUGAUCCCCUCUAUGAAAUUAGGCCACUGCUGGUUGAUGUUGCUGCAGCUUGUAAAACCCACUUUCAUCCCAACAGGAACCUUACUAUCAGUGAGCGUGCUUUUAGAGACGUUGGAUCUCUGGCAAAAACAUUGGAAAGAAGUGAUCCUAAGGUAGGAAUCAAAGUUCUGGCAAUGGGUGAUUCCUCUACAGGCUACAUAUGGAAUAUAUCUGUAUAUAAAGGAGCUACUGAUUCUUCUUCAGGAGAGAUGCUUGACUUCGAAUUCAUAAGACAAUUAACAGAUCCUGUUUUGCUCGGAAGUGGCUACCAUGUCCAUGUGAAAAAUGUGUAUACGCCACCUGAUAUGUUUAAGCGGUUUAAGAGUUCAUGUCAUUCUAGCAUGUGCGGACCUGUGCGUCUUGAUGCUAAGGGCUUCCCUUGCACACGAAUGAAUGAUUUACCAGAAGAUGCGAAGAGAGGGUCUGUUUGCUGGAUUCGACAGGAGGACCUCCUGUUUCUGAAAUGGAUGAACACAGAGGAAGUGGCGCUGUGUAGUACAAUGCACAAAGUUCAGUCAGAUGAGGACAGUGCUGACCAGGAGCAUGAAUCUAAACCUAGCCUGACUCCCUCAGUUAUCAGAGACUACAACAAGUAUGCCAGGACGCUGGAUCUGUUUGACAGCAUAUGUAGCUACCACUGGGAACUGCAGAAAGGCAUGACAUGGGACAAGGCUUUCUUCUACUAUGCCUUGGACGUUGCAUGUAACAACAGCUUUCUGCUGAACCAGGAGAUGAAACUUCCCAGAAAGGGAAAAUCCUUGAACAAGAAUGACUUCAUUGAGGGUCUCAUCCUUCAGCUUAUGAGUUAUGGCAAGUUCUCCUUUAGAGUGGAGCAGGCAACUGAGCAAACGGAGAAGCAAACCAGUCAGCAAGAGAAAAGUGAUGCUGCUAAGGUAAAGGACAAAGUGCCACCUCCUCCUCGAGCACCUCAGGCUUGCAUGCCUGUCUUCUUGAAUGCUAGCAUGAAAUCACUGUGUGUGCAGUGCAAGCUGUGUGAAACAAAUAUGAGGUGUAAAGGUUGCAGUGUUGCUUUGUGCCUUACUGCAGAACGCAACUGUUUCCAGGACUGGCAUGUUUUUAAAGGUGUAGCACAGCCGAUUGAGGCAGCACAGCUGUAGCUCAGGGCUGGGGAAACUUUGGCAUGUCUAUGAUCUCACAGAUUUGCAGACUUUGGCCUAUCAGACAUUGAGAGUGGGAA